AUGGACUAUUGGGGAGUGGCAACCACCGUACCCGGAUUGAUUCUAACCACCUUCGCCAUCACCGAUGGCGCUCACGCACCUGACGGCUGGAAGACCCCUUACAUCCUAGUCACGUUUGUUUUGGGCUUGUUGCUGCUGGCCACCGCCGUCUACGUCGAGGGCUGGGUCGCCGAGCAGCCCUUAUUGCCGUUUGACUUGUUUAAGCCUAAGUACAUGGGUCGCAUGUCCGUUGCCCUAUUCUUUGCCUACGGCGUGUUUGGCAUAUUUCUGUUCUACGCCAGUUUCCAUAUCGGUGACUUCAUGGGUGCUUCGGCCCUCCAGACCGCCGUCUGGUUUGCCCCUAUGGCUGCAGGCGGUAUUAUCCUUGCCACGGUCGGCGGUUUCACCCUACAUCUGCUCCCAGGCCGGAUCCUGCUCAUCAUCUCGGCAUGUGGCUAUAUCGUCACUUGUCUCCUCUUCGCUUUUGCGCCCAUCGACGCAAACUACUGGGCCUUCAUCUUCCCUGCCAUGAUUGGAUCCACCAUCGGUAUCGAUAUCACAUUCCUUGUCACCAACGUCUUCAUCACGACCAACGUGGCCCGUGAGAGGCAGGGCAUUGCCGGAGCCCUGAUCAACACUUUAUUAUUCGUUGGUAUCAGCUUCUUCCUCGGCCUCGCUGACCUGGCCGUGUCCGAGGACGAAAACAGGGGUGGCACCGAGGGUCACAAGGUGGCAUUUUGGUUUGCCACCGCAUGUUCCGCCGUCGUCCUUCUCAUCUUCACCACCAUCAAAAUCGGUAAGGCCGAGAGCGAGCUGACGGUAGAAGAGCGGGCGGCACACAUGGAAGGGACUGGCGAACCCAAACCUCCCUCAGCCACGAGGAACGAAACUGUCCCUGUAUGA